AUGGGCAAUGUGCUUAUCCAGUGGAGGCCCAAGAGGAAGUCAAUUACAUGGGCAAUCAAUUCCAAUUCUACCAAGAUGACUACCUCCACUAAUAAGAGCACUGAAACUGCCAUAAGAAAUUUGGAGAUGCAGGUUGGACAGCUUCCCAAGAGGAUGGAGGACAAAGCAGAAAAGCAAUUUGGGGCUAACACUAAGGUUAAUCCCAAGGAAGAUUGUAAAGCCAAAGUGAGCAUAGUUGAUGAGAGGGUGGAAGAGAAAGAAGAAAGAGUUGAGUUAGAGAAGAGAGAGGAAAAAGAAGAGAGAAUAUGUAAGGGUGAGACACAAAAGAAAGAGAAGAGGAGGGGAGAGAAAAAAAGUGAGAAAAGCGAAAAAGUUCUUCCUUAUCCUAAUGAGCGUGAAAGAAUUGAUAAAGAGAGACAAUAUAAGCGUUUUAAGGAGAUUUUCAGGCAAUUGAAGAUUACUAUACCUGUGACCAAAGCAUUGUAG